CCAAACAGGUCAUGUAUAGUCGGGAUACGUGCCUCAGUCAUCAAAGCUGACGCCUUUAACUCAGGUGUAUCGCCGGUACGACCGGUAUCAGUGCAGCCGGAUACACAGCUGGAUGACCCCGAAGCUGUCGCUGAAGAUGUAGAUGUAGCCGUCGACCUGAAGAAUGCGGAUCGCGUGGCAGAGUGGCUCAAGACAACAGACGGUAGCGAGAAGCCGGUCGGUCCUGAUGAUGCUGACUCCGACGUGGCCAGUGCCGACAUGGGCAUGGAUCUGUCCGGUGACGACGUCAGUUCUCCAUCUGCUGCCGAUGUUGGCAAUGAGUCCGAAACCUGUACCGUCGCCGACGAGAUGGAAGACCUUCAUGAGAUGUUUGAUGAUUUCCUCUUCCCAAAGCUCUCAGAUCCCGCCUUUGACCUGAUUCCCCUGGUCGGGAUUUCAUAUGAUUUGACAGCAAGAGGAGAACCUGCGGAUCCCCGUGGAUUCCUGGAGGAAGCGAAUUUUAUGGCCGAGCUCAUUCGAAAGGCGCGUGACGGUACACUAGAAGAUGUGAGCGAUUCGGAAGCGGUUGUCGCCGCCAUGCCCACCGGCGGUGUCCAGAAGGAAGAGAGCCUCAUCCAGGUGCCUGCGGCGGAGCACGCUUCUGCGCAGGGAUUGCCUGCGAGCGACUCGGAUACUACAGCAACCGAACACCUUGCCAAUAUGCUGUCCACGGCGCUACUCGAGACAGCGAACAGACCGCUCGUGCCUGAGGCUGAUCCAUCGCCACACGCAGAGAAGGAUGUUGUCAAUACUUCAUCUCGCUCAUCGAAAGCUUGGUUCCCUGCGAAGCUUGCUGGGCUUGUACGUCGUGUCAGCGCCCGGAUUACUGCGGUCUCAACAAGCAUUCUCCGAGCGGUUCGUCUCCGCAAUGUGCGUGAUGACGAGCAUUGA